GGUAGGACCAAAGACAGUAGAUUAGGGUAGGACACUUCUUCGUGCCACACAGGCCGCGGGUUCGUCUACUCCCGGAUCGCGCAUGCGCAAAAGACGCAUGUAAACACUGUCACAGCCACACUAUAACACGGGACACCGGUGUACUUACUACUCCCUACUCACCUGCCACCAAUGUCCUUAUCUACCUGGCGUUGCUUAUUAUACGUGUAUAGAUGGCCGAGGAGAGGAUGCAAGAGUCAGCAGUGCCUCUACUACUGGAGCAGCCUGUGGCCAUGGGGAGAUCAUAGAGGUCACAUUGCACCUCUGCAGGUGUGCACCAUUCACACAGCCAUCACAAGAGUAAAUAGUUUGGGUGCUGCUUCAGUUCAUGGUGCUGUGGAAAAGCAAACAAGGAGGGAUGUCAUGCCAUACAUCCCUCAGUCCUUCCCUGCCCAGCAUUGUGCUAGCUAUCUUGGUGUGUGGCGGGGAAUGACAACAGAAACUUAUGUGCCAAAUGUUCUGUUAGACAGAAAUGAACGUAUUGUGACUGGCACACAUACUUUUGAGCCUUGUUUAUCUAAUCAUAACGUGAGGUAUUUAUCUGGUCAAGCCCAAAAGCAAGUGAAGGAGAUAGAAGAUGAAAAAACAGGUAAAACUAAUGAGGUGCCUAAAGGAGAUGUCAAUAGCACAGUGAUAAAAGGAAAUGCUAUUGCCAGUACCAACAAGAAUGAUCAGAUCAGCACUACAGGGAGUCAGCAGGUUGCAAAAGAAGGUGACAGGAGCAACACAGUGAUACUGGAUAACAUUGUCAAAGAUAUCAGCAAAAAUGUUAACAGCCCUGCAUUGGGGAGUGAACAGCUGCCUUCUCGUGUCCAGCGGUACUUCCUGGGGCGCUACACAUGGUAUCUGAGAAGGUUCCAUGAGUCACUGAAGAAUGAGAUGCCGGACACCUUCAACAUGUUCCAUAUCUUCACUGUCGGCCUCAAGGAGUUCAUGUUUGACUUCAAGGAGUUAAUCAAGAUCCUGGUGUACCUGAGUCUGCCCGGCUCCACUCUGGCCUCUUUGAGCCACCGUGAGCUGGAGUUGUACUUCCGCAUGCCCUACGACAUGGUCAGGGUGUUCCCCGUCCUUGUGCUCUCUUCUCUCCCCUUUGGCCAGAAUGUUGCCUUCCCCAUCGGGUAUUGGUUCCCACGCCACUUGCUGUGUUAUCACUUCUGGGAUAUCAAGCAGCGGCAUGAAUUUGCUGUGAUGGGCCUCAAGCAAAGGCUCUUUAAUGCUCGGCCUGUCUUCAGGUGUCUGCAGGCAGCAAUCCUAACAAUGGAUGAGGAGGAUCAGGACAAAUGCAGAACAGUUUUCCACAAGCUUGGCUCAGGAGUUCACCCAACUGUGGAGGAGAUUGUGGCCCUUAUCCCACUCUUCCAGGAAAAACCAUUCCACAUCAGGCAGAUCCGUGCAAAACAUGUAAACGCCUUACUGCGGCUCCACGGGCGGUCAGUGUGGCUGUGGCGGCGGCAGCGGCUAAAGGAUCAUGCACGCAUCCUGCACUGCAUGGAUGCAGCAAUUUCCAAGGAGGGUCUUGACUCUUUCACCCUGGACAACUUGAGGGCUAUGCUAAUCUUUCGUGGCCUCAACCCCACCAACAUGAGCACAGAUGCCAUGCUGGAGUUCCUACAGAACUGGCUCAAAGUCUCCAAAGAAGUUGAUGCCUCCUGUUACUCACUCCUCCUCCACCUGCCCAUCUUCUUGGCCUACAACCAGCCUACCAACUUUGCCUUGAUUUACUCCAAAUAAGCACCAAGUUUGGUUCCAUUGUACAGUUGUGAUUAGAAUCAAGUAAAUCAGCAUUUGGGUCACACUGUGCUAUCUCUUCCCUCAGUCUGAAAUCUCCUGAUGUACUUAGUCUAACAGAAUCUGAUGGACUUAGAUUGAGAGAAAUGCUCAAUACAAUGGCAGUGCAAUUUCCUAAUGAUUAACCAUCACUGCAUUGUAGGAUGUUAAUUAGAUCGCCUUUGGUCUCUUUAGGCUACUUGGUUACACACUCAUCCCAUACAUGUUGAUCACCAUGGCUGCCAAGCAGCUUAAUGUGGUGCACAUCAUUUUAUUGUCACUUUCAUUAGUUUCUCAUUGGUGAUGACCAUUUCCUCAUCGACUGGUGAUGGCCUUCAUUUGUACAGUAUCAAAGUGAGUGCUGUUCGCCUAAGUGACUCACUUGAGUGGUUACAACCUCUCUGGUCUUUCUGAGGCUAGUCUUUGUAAUUGUUGUAUAAAAAAAAUAAAGAAAUACUUUCACUA